GGAAGUGGGCUAAGCCGGCGCCUCGGAGCGCUGCCCGCACUUCCGGAGCCCGGAGCCCGGCUCCAGUCUUCCUGUAGGCGGCGCGGGAGGAACGAUCGGUGUGAGGGGCCGGGCCGGGCGGAUCCCUUCCUCCCCCAAUGUGAGCGGCGCCCCGAACCCCGGUCCGGCGAGGCUGCGGAGAGACGCGGACGCGGUGGCCCGGGAACAUGAGGCAGUGCGUCCUCUUGCUGACCAGCCUGGUUCCUUUCGUGCUGGCGCCGCGACCUCCGGACCAGCCGGGCUCCCCCGAGCGACUCGAAAAGCUUGAUUCUUUGCUCUCAGACUACGAUAUCCUCUCUUUAUCCAAUAUCCAACAGCACUCGGUAAGAAAAAGAGAUCUACAGGCAUCAACACAUUUAGAAACACUAUUGACUUUUUCAGCAUUAAAAAGGCAUUUUAAAUUAUACUUGACAUCAAGUACUGAACGCUUUUCCCAAAAUUUCAAAGUUGUGGUGGUGGAUGGUAAAAACGAGAGCGAGUACAGUGUCAAGUGGCAAGACUUCUUUAGCGGACACGUGGUCGGUGAGCCUGCCUCUAGGGUUCUAGCCCAUAUAGGCGAUGAUGAUAUUACAGUAAGGAUCAACACGGAUGGGGCAGAGUAUAACAUAGAGCCACUUUGGAGACUAAUUAAUGAUACUACAGACAAAAGAAUGUUAGUUUAUAAAUCUGAAGACAUCAAGAAUGUUUCACGCUUGCAUUCUUCAAAAGUGUGUGGUUACAUAAAAGCGGAAAAUGAAGAUUUGUUUCCAGAAGGGCUGGUAGACAGAGAGCCCCCUGAUGAGCUUGUUCAUCGGGUGAGGAGAAGAGCCGACCCCAAUCCCAUGAAGAACACGUGUAAAUUACUGGUGGUGGCAGAUCAUCGCUUUUACAAGUACAUGGGCAGAGGGGAAGAGAGUACCACUACAAAUUACUUAAUAGAGCUAAUUGACAGAGUGGAUGACAUCUAUCGGAAUACUUCAUGGGACAACGCAGGUUUUAAAGGUUAUGGAAUACAGAUAGAGCAGAUUCGCAUUCUCAAGUCUCCACAAGAAGUAAAACCAGGUGAAAGGCACUAUAACAUGGCAAAAAGUUUUCCAAAUGAAGAAAAGGAUGCUUGGGAUGUGAAGAUGUUGCUUGAGCAAUUUAGCUUUGAUAUAGCUGAAGAAGCAUCUAGAGUCUGCCUAGCACAUCUUUUCACCUACCAGGAUUUUGAGAUGGGAACUCUCGGACUGGCUUACGUUGGUUCACCCAGAGCAAACAGCCACGGAGGCGUUUGUCCAAAAGCUUAUUAUAGUCCAAAUGGAAAGAAAAAUAUCUAUCUGAACAGUGGUUUGACCAGCACAAAAAAUUAUGGUAAAACCAUUCUUACAAAGGAAGCUGACCUGGUUACUACUCAUGAAUUGGGGCACAAUUUUGGAGCAGAACAUGAUCCAGAUGGUCUAGCAGAAUGUGCCCCAAAUGAGGACCAGGGAGGAAAAUUCGUGAUGUAUCCCAUAGCUGUGAGUGGAGAUCACGAGAACAAUAAGAUGUUUUCAAACUGCAGUAAGCAGUCCAUCUAUAAGACCAUUGAAAGUAAGGCCCAGGAGUGUUUCCAAGAACGCAGCAACAAAGUGUGUGGGAACUCCAGGGUGGACGAAGGAGAGGAGUGUGACCCUGGCAUCAUGUACCUGAACAAUGACACCUGCUGCCACAACAACUGCACGUUGAAGCAGGGUGUCCAGUGCAGUGAUAGGAAUAGUCCUUGCUGUAAAAACUGUCAGUUUGAGACCGCCCAGAAGAAGUGCCAAGAGGCCAUUAACGCUACUUGCAAAGGCGUGUCUUACUGCACAGGUAACAGCAGUGAGUGCCCCCCGCCCGGGAACGCCGAGGAUGACACAGUGUGCUUGGACCUGGGCAAGUGCAAAGACGGGAAGUGCGUGCCCUUCUGCGAGAGGGAGCAGCAGCUGGAGUCCUGUGCAUGCAACGAGACGGAUAACUCGUGCAAGGUGUGCUGCAGGGACGCCGAGGGCCGCUGCGUGCCCUACGUCGACGCUGAGCAGAAGAACUUGUUUUUGAGGAAAGGGAAGCCCUGUACAGUGGGGUUUUGUGACAUGAAUGGCAAAUGUGAGAAACGAGUGCAGGAUGUCAUCGAGCGAUUUUGGGACUUCAUUGAUCAGCUGAGCAUCAAUACUUUCAGGAAGUUCUUAGCAGACAACAUUGUGGGCUCUGUCCUGGUUUUCUCCUUGAUGGUUUGGAUCCCUUUGAGCAUUCUUGUUCAUUGUGUGGAUAAGAAGUUGGAUAAGCAGUAUGAGUCUCUGUCCCUGUCUCACCCCAGCAAUGUUGAAAUGCUAAGUAGCAUGGAUUCGGCAUCAGUUCGCAUCAUCAAGCCCUUUCCUGGUCCACAGACCCCAGGCCGCCUGCAGCCCCUGCAGUCCCUGCAGUCGGCCCCCGUGAUGCCGUUGGUGCCUACAGCUCCGAAACUGGACCACCAGCGAAUGGACACCAUCCAGGAAGACCCCAGCACGGACUCGCACAUGGAGGAGGACGGCUUUGAGAAGGACCCGUUCCCAAACAGCAGCACAGCCGCCAAGUCGUUUGAGGAUCUCACGGACCACCCUGUCACCAGGAGCGAGAAGGCCUCGUCCUUCAAGCUGCAGCGGCAGAAUCGCGUUGACAGCAAAGAAACAGAGUGCUAGUCUAGGGGUCGGUGCCCCGAGCUCUUCGACCUCAGUGUGCAAAGUAUUUUUAUAGAUCUGACUUAAAGUGACUCACAGAUUUUGUGAAGAUCUGGGAGAAACAAGGAAGUGACUUCCAGCAGAUGCUGGUCAUGUGUUUGGACUUCCUUCGCAUACACACUUUGUGGUUAGGCCCUUUCUGUGUGAACAGGUAAGGUGAAUCGAGCUUAUUUUGAGGCUUUCAGGUUUUAGUUGUUUUUUUUAUGUUUAAAAUGUCCUUCAACCUGUGGUGCAAAAGCAAAAAAUACAGCUGGAUUAGGUUAUAAGUAUUUACGUUUUUGUAAAUUGACCUUUUGUAUUGAUGGCAGCACUGAUGAGGCAGAUAGCAGUUUUUUCUUUCAUGAAGUGUAAUGAAAAGGAGGCUGUUAGCAGCUACUUGUGAGGACAACUGGAACACAGAAUAAUUUAUUUUUUUGCCUUCAAGUAAAGACAAAGGAAAAAACCCGAGCUGUGUAUUAUCUCCAAAUGUGGGGUCUGGUUCUAGGUGUUACCCAGAGCUUUUCCAGCAGGGAGAAUUACACAUCUAACUUCAGGAAUAAUUUGGGGUAAUGUUUCUUCAGAAUUCUAAGGUUAGUACUUUCUAGAAUUAAAACAACCUAGUUUACAGUACGUGUUAAAAUAGUAGGUAGCUGAAUUACAGAAUCCUGCCAACUGUUUAGGGCCCUAAUUUGCUGGGCAGUUUUUCUGUUUUGUAAGGAUCUUCAUGUAUCUCUAAUACUGUUGGAAUUUCUGGGACAUCAGUAGCUGAGCACUGUCCACAGCCCUGA